UACUAUUUAUAACUCGUUCUGCUCUGGGUAUAAAACUUUGCGACAGCCAUUUUCUCGUUACAAUUAUCUAUCUAAACACGGAUCCUAGUGACACCCGUCCGAUUAACAAACAACACACUCAAGUCAAAGACUUUCUCAGAUAUGCAGGCCAUCAAAUGUGUGGUCGUAGGAGACGGAGCUGUUGGUAAAACAUGUCUCCUUAUCAGCUACACAACAAAUGCUUUCCCAGGAGAGUACAUCCCAACAGUGUUUGACAACUACUCUGCCAAUGUUAUGGUAGAUGGGAAACCCAUCAACUUAGGAUUAUGGGAUACUGCUGGACAGGAGGAUUAUGACAGAUUGCGACCCUUGUCAUACCCCCAGACUGAUGUCUUCCUCAUCUGUUUUUCUCUUAUCAGUCCUGCCAGUUUCGAGAAUGUGCGAGCAAAGUGGUACCCUGAGGUGAGCCACCACUGCCCCAACACUCCGAUCAUCCUUGUGGGCACCAAGCUGGAUCUCCGAGAAGACAAGGAGACCGUGGAGAAACUGCGGGAGAAGAAGCUAUGCCCAAUCACCUACCCACAGGGACUAGCAAUGGCAAAGGAGAUUGGGGCUGUUAAAUACUUGGAAUGCUCUGCUCUUACACAAAAAGGUCUAAAGAGUGUAUUUGAUGAGGCAAUUCGAGCCGUACUGUGCCCCAAACCUAAGGCUAAGAAGAAGGGAAAGUGCAGGAUCUUGUGAGCUGGGCUUGUAUUGUGGAAGGAAUUCUUUCAUGUAAUGCUAUAUACAUUUUAUAUCAUGCACUGCAUGGGUUUUGUCAUUGAGUCUUAACAUCCCCCUCUCAUCGCCCUGUAAUAUACAGUAUACAUUGAUCUUUAAGUAACCGUCUCCAUCAUAGUAGAAUAUGUGUACAAAUUUAUAUAUAGUGUUGUUUUAAAGGUGUUAACGGAUGUAUAUGUACAGGGCCUGAGUGUAAUGUCCACCAAUGCUGUAUAGAGUAGUACCUUUUGGAAAGCAACCCUUUUGUAAAUUAUUCUUUUUUUAUUGACUGAGUAGGGGUCUAUCUGCCACUGUACUGAAGGUUGUUAUCCGGUGUUAGAGGACAUGAUUUGUCAAGUCUUGGCUUCAGGUUCCUUGUAUGGAAUUUUGAAAGUGAAAUUGAGGAUCAGCUGAGAUGUGCCUUAUAAGAUGAUCAGGGCUGGAAGCUUUGUGCUGCCCAGUUUACAGGAAUAACAAACCGUAAUUUUCAAGCAAAUAGCUAAUAAUUAAUCGCUAGAAUAUUAUCUGGGAUUGACUUCUUCUUUUUUAAUUGAAAUGUCCAGAACCGAUUUCUGAAAUAUCUUAGGCUUGCAGAUAGUGAAUAUCUCGACUUCUCUCACCAUUUCCACUUUUGAGAAGUUUUAUUUAUCAAUUGUGUUAAGCCUUUUUUUUAGCUUAAGAGGCCAUUUAGUCUGCGGCUUUAUCAUCAACAACUGCAAAAAAUGUUGAUAUACCUAGACACAUAUCUAGCAAUUAAUUUUCAGUUAUCAGACGAAGAGUUCUAAAAUUGUUUUUUGUACCACCACCAUGAAAAAACAUUGCUUUGAUCAAGACUAGAGCCAAUGUUCAGGCAUUACUUUGUGCUGAUAAGAUCUUGCCAUUCGUUGAAUAAUCAACAUCUAUUAAACCAGUCAACUGAAACUUCUGAGACACUUUAUCUUCUAUACUGUCCUGUGUACAUUCUGCCUUGGCAGGACUUAGUGUUUGAUAACUUCAAACUCCUUUGCUAUUUUGGGUGUCAAUUUUGUCUUGCAAGUAUAUAUAUAUUGCUACAUCACUCUAGCUUUUAGACUGUGCUUAUUGUAGAUACCCUGUUAAAAGUACAAAAUAUCAAUUGAAUUAUUACCAGUUGAGUGAUGUUAUGAACAAUGGAGUAGAGAGACAUUGUUCUUUUGCUGUAUAUAUUUAUAUUGAAAUUGUGAACCAUUAUCGGAAAAUUACUCGAUCUUGAUGCUGUGGUCAUUACAGAAAUUCUGUUACCUUUUUUUUCUGUUGAAAAUAUUCAUCUUUCAGGAGUAGGGACCAAAUGUUUGCAGUUUGGUGCAGAAGGAACAAUUUUCUAUGUUUGGAAGUAAAGGGACAAUAUUGUAUGAUCAAAUGUUUGUAAGAAUGUUUAUUCCACUAUUCCUGAAGUACAAAGAGACAUGUAGUUCGGAUUAAGUACAAUGCCACUUGUUUUACAAAGACUUUUGAAGCACAAUUUUCUGUUUAAUUAUUGUAUAUUUUCUAUUUAUGGAAGUGAUUGUUAAUUUUAUGUGUAAGCAGCUGUUUAAACCAUGAAUGUGAUAAUUUUAGCAGAUUAAAGGUUUAUUUGAGGUUGUCUCAAGUAAAAGAAUGUUUGGCGUUUAUACUUACAGACUGAUUUUGUGUUAGAAGGAAAUGGUCUGUACAUGUUGUACUGAUUUCUAAAGAACACAGAGUAAGCUCAUAUUUAUGUAGAGGUCUUCCUUUGGUAAUAUUUGUCUAAGUGUGAUGUUUGCUGCAGCUGUUUAAAACAUUGGUAAAAAGGUGUGUUGUAUUUUGCAGCCACUUUUUUAUGAACUGUGAAGUGUAAGGCUUACCUUUGUACUAUCUAUGAAUUAUAGUACUCGGUCACUAUUUGUAUUGAUGUCAUGUCCGCACUACAAGAUAGAUUUCAUGCAGAAACUAGAGAAAGGCAUUGCGUGGAACUAUUUGACUGUACUAUUAAGUUUGCUAAAUUGUUUGCUGUUGUGCCAAACAUUAUUCUCUCAGACCUAAGCUUUUCAUCCAAGCAUAUAUAAAUAAUGCUAUUGAAGAUAUGUUAGGUCAGAAUCGCAUAUAUUGACCGUUAUCAUGACCAAAUUGAUUGACUAUAAUCAAAACUAUUGGAAUCAGUUGAAGGUGAACGUGAUAAUACAAUAAUAAACACUAAUUGAAUAUGGUGAAAAGAAAAGUUUGAACUUAUUAAAAUCUCACGGUUUUUUCUUCAUAUUUCUUUUUUAUUUUGAAAAGGUCAAGAUAUGUUACUGAGAUCAUAUGUAUACAUACUCUCAUUUUUUUAUACAAAAUAUAAAAAAGAUGGAUUUUCUAUUACUCAGUUUCUUCUCAAGUUAGUAACAGGUUACUAAUAUAAAUCUUAGUUACUCUGAAAAGGAGAAUAGUUUCCACAUGCUACAAUACUGUUGGAUUUGAUUUUAGUAGUUCUUAGGUAUAUAUGAUCUGUUGAAUUUGUCCAGAGAUUUUAACUUGGUCAAGUUGGUGUCCUCGCUGACUUUUUGUUACUGAUUGUGAAGUGUGGCUUUUCUUAAUGAGCAAUUCCGUGUGUAGAACACAGGUCUACCAGCUUAACAGUGGUGUAGACGAUGACGCAUCAUUUUAUUGUGUAAAUUGUCACGAUUGUACAUUCAGCUAGGAGACAUGUGUCACCAAAAUGGUAUAUUUUUGCUAAGAAAUUGCAUAGUAAAUUGUAUAAACACCUUCUCAAUGUCUUUGUAUGGGAACUAUUAUGCUAACUUGAUUAAAAAUCUUUCAUCUUUA